AUGUCCUCACGUAAAGCAACGAAAAAGACCAUAGUCAACGUAAAAACUGAAGACGAGGAAAUUGAGGAGACAAAGACAAAAGUGUCAACUGACAGAUUGCGUUCAAGACUCAGAAACUAUGCAUUUGCCAAGGACGAGGAGAAAGGCGACGAACCUGUCCAAGUUGAAACAUUCAAGGUCGAGACUGAAGAAGUAAAGGUAGUGAAGAAACGCAAACGUGCCCUCUCUCCGUCAGAACCUACUACCAAAGAUUCAACACCGACUCCCAAGAAGCCAAAGGUCUACAAGAUGGAACUCGACACUCCGCAUCCGACACCGCCGAAGUGGGAAAAUACCUACCGUGCCAUUCAGGAAAUGCGUAAAGGACGGCCAGCGGCGGUGGACACCAUGGGCUGUCACCUACCACUGCUGGACAAACGCGUAGACCCAAAGACCAAAGAUGAAGUGACUUGGGCUGCAAUACAAAAACUCCAGGCGGCAUUUCGACCAGAUGACGCCGUUGAUGGCGAAGAAUACCUUACUCUGGAAGCAGUCCGUGCCGCCCCUGUCGAGGUGAUUGAAAACUGUAUCAAUAAAGUUGGGUUCUGGCGAAGGAAGGCACAAUACAUCAAGUCCGCCUCUGAAAUCCUACACAAGGACUUUGAGGGUGAUAUACCUCGCUCCAUUGAAGGUCUCUGCUCCUUGCCGGGAGUAGGCAUGAAGAUGGCCAUGUUGGCUAUGCAAAAUGGAUGGGGUGAUAAUGCUGGAAUUGGUGUAGAUGUACACGUACACCGAAUCACAAACCGGCUCGGAUGGCACAAAAAGGAGACCAAGACUCCGGAAGAAACGAGGUUGAACUUGGAGAGCUGGCUACCAAAAGAAUAUCAUGGUCCUAUCAAUCCUCUCCUCGUCGGUUUCGGACAGACCAUCUGUCUCCCUGUUAGACCAAAAUGUGAAGAAUGCCUUUUGGCGCAAAAGAAAUUUGAGCUGGACAUGGAAGACGGGACCACGAAGGAGGUUCAAGGGCCUUUAUGCCCAAGUGCGUUUAAAGGUUCUGCAGGUACCAGAAAGGUCAAGAAGGAGUCUAUCAAGACAGAAAUGACAUUAAUAAAGAUGGAAGAUGGAGACGUAGUUGCAGAAGAGGAAUCUGGAGAAGCAGCCAUCAAAAUCGAGAUGGAGUCAUGA